GGAACGCGCUUCGGCUGCGGGUUUACUUUUCUUCAGGCGGCGGCAAAAGCCUAGCUGAGGAAGUCAUCGUCAAGGGUGGGUAGAAGAGUGGUGGGCGCGUAUAUGUUUCACUAAUCGGCCGUUAAGAGGCAUUCCUCACCCCCUAUAGGGCGCCUCUUCCCUUGGAUAAGGAUUGGCACGCAGAGCACCGAAGCUGGAGAGCGAAAGACCUGCGCCUCCCCUCCUCCCACAGAAUAUAAGAUGUCCACUGAAGGGCAAAGAGUUGAUGAUAGUCCAAGUACCAGUGGAGGCAGCUCUGAUGGAGAUCAGCGAGAAAGUAUUCAACUGGAUCAGGAAAGAGAACAAAUUCAACCUAAGAAAAAAGUGGGCAAAAUCUCUAGCAAAACAGCACCUAAACUUUCAACUAGUGCUAAAAGGAUUCAGAAGGAACUUGCAGAAAUUACAUUAGACCCACCUCCAAACUGUAGUGCUGGACCCAAGGGAGACAACAUUUAUGAAUGGAGGUCAACUAUUCUUGGACCUUCAGGUUCUGUAUAUGAAGGAGGAGUUUUUUUUCUUGAUAUCACCUUCUCUUCAGAUUAUCCAUUUAAACCACCAAAGGUUACAUUUCGGACAAGAAUUUAUCAUUGUAAUAUUAACAGCCAAGGAGUGAUUUGCUUGGACAUUUUAAAAGACAACUGGAGCCCAGCAUUAACAAUAUCCAAAGUCCUUCUCUCCAUCUGUUCACUUCUUACAGACUGCAAUCCUGCUGAUCCCCUGGUUGGAAGUAUUGCUACUCAAUAUAUGACAAAUAGAGCGGAGCAUGACAGAAUGGCCAGGCAGUGGACCAAGAGAUAUGCAACAUAGGAAACUGCUGAAGAACAUGCUGGACCUUACAAGCACAUUCACUAAGUGCAUCCAUAACCCUCCAGUUUGAUUUUUAUUAAUUUUUAUUAAAUUUUGAAAUAUUUUGUGAUAGGGUUGAUUAUACUUCUCCUUUCCCUUUUAUUAUUUUAUUUUAUUUUUCUGCUGAACUUGAAAAGUGCAUCUUUUUAAUACGUAUACCUUUUUAAUCCGGUAACUCAAAUACAGAUACGGAAUUUGGUUACAGUGCAAGGAAUGUUGAAUCUAUAAUAGUAUAGAACAGUGGACCCCAAUCUGUCCAACUGUAUGGACCAGCAAUGUGGGGGGGGGGAAGAGGGGAUGGUUUUGUAUGUCUGCACAUUGCUUGUACAAAUGCAGCUGUAGGUGCUCACACACUUACGCAGCCUGGUUCCCAACAAGCCACAGGUCAGCAGCAGUCUUGGGGUCGGGGACCCCUUGUGUAGAGCUUUGUCACAAAGCUUUAUAGUAAUGUACUUUUUCUUUUGUGUGUUUGAGAAAAGCAAGCACACUCAGAACUACAUAUUGUUUCUACUUAAGUGUAGUAUUUAGAUUUUUUUAUUGAAGUCUUUAAGGGUAGAUGCAUGUUACUGGGAACAGGUUUUCUAUAAAAAGCAUAAAAUCAAGAACCACUGUGGAUUAUUAAGACUAUGUUUUAACACAAAGCUACUGGUUGAACCACAGAUAUGUAUAUCUUAUAUAUAAAAAGUUUCUGAGGGUCCUGCCACUUUUGAUUACAGAUUAGUUGAUAUAAACUUGUAUUAA